AUGGCCAUCCUCCUCCUGGUCACCAUUUCCAUCGCCGUCUCAACCCCAUCCGCCCAAGCCCAACCACCAACCAACUGGGCCAAAAGGCUCGACUCCGGCCACGGGCCCGAAGCCAUCACCAAUCUCCAGUUCUACUUCCACGACAUCCCCAGCGGCAGCAACCCUGUGAGCGGAAGAAACCCGACCGCGGUUCAGAUCAUCAAACCCGCAUCCGGCUCGUCCGGGUUCGGCCAGGUCAACGUGGCGGACGAGCCGCUGACCGUGGGCCCCGACGCGAGCUCCAAGGUCGUGGGCCGGGCCCAGGGGAUGUACGGGGUGGCGAGCCAGAGCAUGACCGACAUGGCGCUGCUGAUGGUCCUGAGCUACGGGUUCACGGACGGCCCGUACAAGGGCAGCUCGCUCAGUAUCGUGGGCCGGAACCCGGUUAUGAGCCCAACCCGGGAGCUGCCCGUGCUGGGCGGGACGGGGGUUUUCCGAAUGGCGCGCGGAUACGCGCUCAUGAAGACGGUGUCGGUUAAUGCCGCGGGGGAUGCCGUUGUGCAUUAUAACGUCACGGUGUAUACGCCGGCUUCCAACGGGAAUAAUGGGCCGACUUCGCCGAGCUCCACCGCUGCAGGCGGCGGAGGGAGCACGAGGACUUCUUCUUCUUCUUCUUCUUCGCCGGCGACGAUGGCCGGUAGACAGGGGUGGCUCGUUAGCUUUGUUGUGGCUUGUGCCGCUUUCAUUUGUUUACUCUUAUAG